AUCAGCUCGUGCUGUGACAGCUCUCCACACUCCCCCUUUCCAUCGCCUCAUCUCCACCACCAAAUCCCCCAAAUCCGCAUCAAUGGUGAGCUUGUGGCGAGCGGCGAUGGGCGCCAGCCAGCCCAACGCCGACGACUACGACGGCGUCGAGUUCUGGUCCGCGGCGGAGCGCGCCGGCUGGCUCACCAAGCAGGGCGAGUACAUCAAGACCUGGCGCCGCCGCUGGUUCGUCCUCAAGCAAGGAAAACUCUUCUGGUUCAAGGAAUCCAACGUCACCCGCGCCUCCCGCCCCCGCGGCGUCAUCCCCGUCGCCGAUUGCCUCACCGUCAAGGGCGCCGAGGACGUGCUCAAUCGCCAAUUCGCCUUCGAGCUGUCCACUCGGAGCGACACGAUGUAUUUCAUCGCGGAUGCGGAGAAGGAGAAGGAGGAUUGGAUCAAUUCGAUCGGGCGAUCUAUUGUUCAGCACUCGAGAUCGGUUACCGAUGACGAGAUCCUUGAUUAUGAUAGCCGGAAAUAGUUUGAAUUCAGUAGCAGGAUAAGCUGCAGUGUGAUUUCUACUUUGAAAACUGGGGUGAAUAGAGCUUCAAGUUUGGCAAUAUCUUGUUUCUCAACGUUGUCGUUCCAUUUUGGCGCGACAUAUUCAGCUGUUGUGUUGAGCUCGUGUCAUGUUUCUGAGCACCAUCUAAGCCAUUCUCGCCCCUUAUGAUUGUUGAUAUGGAGAAACUCGGGUUCUUGGCAUUUUGCACAUUUUUCGUAUUCAAAAAGGGUGCUCUAUUCACCAUUUGAAUUGUUUAAACUGUAGAAUACACUUUUUGGAUGUGCUGGACUAACUGCAUUUUGGCAUGGUCCAACACAAAAGGAUUCAAUAUUUUUGUCGCAUGGAAUAUUUGUGGCCAA